GUGGGAAACCAAACUUGUUGGUAAACUUUCAUUCGGAAUUCAUCUGAAUUGAUCGUUUACAAAAUGAAAGAAAACAAACCAGCUUAUAAAUAAUUUAAACCUCAAGACUUGCAUCUUCUUCAUUAUAGAUUAAACUAACAAACGAUGAGAAUGCUUAGCUGGAUACUUACAGCACUUGUAUUUACAAGUAUUGUAACUUGUCACGUGAUGAAGAAUGUUUUUGAAAUGGUUAUAGAAACACAUAAUGACAAAGACAUUUCUGAAAAUACUUUAAAAGAGGAUGAAAGAAAAUUUUCAUUUGCCUCUUAUUACCAAGACCAUAUGGUUUUACAAAGCUCACCACAGAAAGCUGUCAUCUGGGGAUAUGUUCCAAAGGAUAAACAAAACAGUAUUGUGGAAGUUUUCAUUACGCCAGGGUAUAAACGAUACAGCGCUUUGGCGAGGGAGGAUCUAACAUGGGUCAUUGAGAUUGGACCUGUAAAGUCAGGUGGACCAUACUUGAUCACAGCACACUUACAGAAUGACAGUAUCCUGCUUACUGAUGUCUUGUUUGGUGAUGUUUGGAUUUGCUCUGGUCAAUCAAACAUGCACUUUCCACUGACUGAGAUUUUCAAUAACCAAGAGGAAGUGGAAGACACUGUAAAUUAUCCAGACAUAAGAAUUUUUGUUACAAAUUUCUCAGUGUCUGAUAAACCAGUUACUGAUUUAGGAAGAGAUGGUAUACUCUUGCCCUGGUCUAAAUCCUCACCAGAAUCAGUUAAGAAAGGGAACUUCUCGGCUGUGUGCUGGUUGUAUGGCAAGUACUUGUACAAACAUUUAAAGAAACCUAUAGGUCUAUUGGAGACUUCUGUGGGUGGGACACCAGUAGAAGCUUGGUCAUCAAAAGAUGCUCUGAAAAAAUGUGGACUUUCUGACCAAAAUAGAGUGGAAGCAUUACCAAUGAGUGGAACAGAUUUAACCAGCUGGAAAAGUAGUGUGUUAUGGAAUGCCAUGGUUCAUCCGUUUAUCAAUAUGACCAUUUAUGGAACCAUAUGGUAUCAGGGUGAAUCAAAUUCGGGAGCUCAUACCAACAUAGACUUGUAUAACUGUACGUUCCCUGCUAUGAUAGACGACUGGAGGAAGAAAUUUUCACAGUCUGGGGGAACCAGGCAGCUGUUUCCAUUUGGUUUUGUUCAGUUGGCAGGGUUCACACCGGAUUUUUCUGUGUCAGUGGGUUUUCCGGACAUUCGCUGGCAUCAAACGGCAGAUUAUGGCUAUGUACCCAACCAUAGAUUGAGGAAUGUUUUUAUGGCUGUUGCCAUGGAUUUACCUGAUUUUACCUCACCUUAUGGAGAUGUUCAUACAAGAGACAAACAAGAUGUUGCUGCAAGACUGGUAUUAGGAAGUUUAGCCGUGGCAUAUUCGCAGAACGUGUCAUUCCAAGGUCCGUACCCAGUCAAAGUUACCAUAACACCGGCAGAGCUGCCGUAUACCUACACCCAGGUUGAAGUUGAAUACACAAUGGACCUAGAGCAGAGAUGGUUGGAUGGAUUUGAGAUAUGUUGUGCCUUUGUAAAACCUGCAGUUUGUGAGACGGGCAAAGCUUGGUGGUUACCAACGGCAACAUGGCAAGGAUAUGAUAGAAAAAACGUCACACAGAGCUAUGCAAGUGAAUGUUCUAUAGAAAACGUGGUAGGGAUUAGAUAUGCCUGGAGACGGACACCAUGCCCGUUUAAAAAGUGUGCGAUAUAUGGGGCAAAUAACAGCCUCCCUAUGCCCCCAUUCACCUACCAUGGAAAAGCAUUUAGCAAAAAGUUGAUUGGGAAAGAUAAAUAUGUUGUUAAAUUAGACCAACCUGUGGAAAGCGGUAUGCCAGAACAUCUCCCUGCCUUCAGGAUGAGUGAUAACCCUGUACCAUUUUAUGGAAAUGUUAAACCUACAUUAGAAAUUGAACAAAGUGAUAGAAAGUUCUCCUUUGCCUCAUACUAUGGGGAUAACAUGGUGUUACAGGGUCAACCAAAAAAAGCUGUGAUUUGGGGAUAUGCCCCUUUGGGGUCCGAGGGCAAAGCAGUAAAUGUACAAAUAAAUGGUGUGAAUGUUACAAGCAGUACCAUAAUUACUGACCAUCUGUUAUGGGCUGUUGAAUUAGGACCUAUUGAAGCAGGAGGACCUCAUGUUAUAGAGGCCAAGCUUGACAGUAAUACUAUCUCACUGAAGAAUGUGUUAUUUGGAGAUGUUUGGGUGUGUUCAGGUCAGUCAAACAUGCAGUUCUCUAUGUCACAGGUAUUUAACAGUUCUGCGGAGUUAAAUGACACCCAUAAUUACCCAGAUAUAAGAGUGUUUGCAGUUAAAGAUAAGGUAGCCACAGUUCCGCUGACAGAUUUUUCUAGUGACGGUAUCUUGUUGCCAUGGAGUUUACCCACUCCAGAAAACAUUGGGCAUGGCAAGUUUAACUAUUUCUCAGCAGUUUGCUGGUUAUAUGGAAAAUAUUUGUACCAGGUUUUACAGAAACCAAUAGGUAGGUUAGAUUCUUGUAUAUCACAUUGA